GGCCAUUUUGUGAAGCGGCGAAGGAGGUGGUGACUGCGGUGGGCUCCGGGAAGCCGUUCGGGCUGGGGCUGUCGGCCGCGGGGCGGAGGCACUCGCGCGGGGGGUAACUCGGGUCUGGGUUCGGGUACCGCGCAGCUCUCCCCGUCUAAAAGUUGGUUUUAAUUGGUUGCCCACAGGAUUGACUUGGCCUCUACUUCUUGUUAAGAAAAUACAUCUCUUGUUUUAUCAGGUGUGUGUGGUUUCAGCGCAGCAUGGCUGUGGUCAUCCGUUUGCAAGGUCUCCCGAUUGUGGCGGGGACCAUGGACAUUCGCCACUUCUUCUCUGGAUUGACCAUCCCUGAUGGGGGCGUGCAUAUUGUAGGGGGUGAACUGGGUGAGGCUUUCAUCGUUUUUGCCACUGAUGAAGAUGCAAGGCUUGGUAUGAUGCGCACAGGUGGUACAAUUAAAGGGUCAAAAGUAACACUGUUGUUGAGUAGUAAAACGGAAAUGCAGAAUAUGAUUGAACUGAGCCGUAGACGUUUUGAAACUGCCAACUUAGAUAUGCCACCAGCAAAUGCUAGUAGAUCAGGACCGCCACCUAGCUCAGGAAUGAGUGGCAGGGUAAAUUUGCCUACAACAGUACCCAACUUUAAUAAUCCUUCACCCACUGUAGUUACUGCUGCCACUUCUGUUCACGAAAGCAGCAAAAACAUACAGACAUUUUCCACAGCCAGCAUAGGAACAGCCCCUCCAAAUAUGGGAACUUCCUUCGGGAGCCCAACAUUUAGCUCAACCAUUCCAAGCACAGCCUCUCCGAUGAACACAGUCCCGCCGCCACCAAUUCCUCCAAUCCCAACGAUACCAUCUUUGCCACCGAUGCCAUCCAUUCCCCCAAUACCAGUUCCUCCUCCAGUACCUACGUUGCCUCCUGUGCCUCCUGUACCCCCAAUCCCUCCAGUCCCUUCUGUGCCACCCAUGACCACACUGCCACCCAUGUCAGGCAUGCCACCCUUGAAUCCGCCACCUGUGGCACCUCUGCCUGCUGGAAUGAAUGGCUCUGGAGCACCUAUGAAUCUGAACAGUAACCUGAACCCUAUGUUUCUGGGUCCUUUGAAUCCUGUUAAUCCUAUCCAGAUGAACUCUCAAAACAGUGUGAAGCCACUUCCCAUCAACCCUGAUGAUCUCUAUGUCAGUGUGCAUGGAAUGCCCUUUUCUGCUAUGGAAAAUGAUGUCAGAGAUUUUUUCCAUGGGCUCCGUGUUGAUGCAGUACAUUUGUUGAAAGAUCAUGUAGGUCGAAACAAUGGGAAUGGAUUGGUUAAGUUUCUUUCUCCUCAAGACACAUUUGAAGCUCUGAAAAGAAACAGAAUGCUGAUGAUUCAACGAUAUGUGGAAGUUAGCCCUGCCACAGAAAGACAGUGGGUAGCUGCUGGAGGCCAUAUCACUUUUAAGCAAAGUAUGGGACCUUCUGGACAAACCCAUCCCCCUCCUCAGACACUUCCCAGGUCAAAAUCGCCCAGUGGGCAGAAGAGAUCAAGGUCAAGAUCACCACAGGAGGCUGGUUUUUGUGUUUACUUGAAAGGGCUACCAUUUGAAGCAGAAAACAAGCAUGUAAUUGAUUUUUUUAAAAAGUUAGAUAUUGUGGAAGAUAGUAUUUAUAUAGCUUAUGGACCCAAUGGGAAAGCAACUGGUGAAGGCUUCGUAGAGUUCAGGAAUGAGGCUGACUAUAAGGCUGCUCUAUGUCGCCAUAAACAAUACAUGGGCAAUCGUUUUAUUCAAGUUCACCCAAUUACUAAGAAAGGUAUGCUAGAAAAGAUAGAUAUGAUUAGAAAAAGACUACAGAACUUCAGCUAUGACCAGAGGGAAAUGAUGUUAAACCCGGAGGGGGAUGUCAGCUCUGCCAAAGUCUGUGCCCACAUAACAAAUAUUCCAUUCAGCAUUACCAAGGUGGAUGUUCUUCAGUUCCUAGAGGGAAUCCCAGUGGAUGAAAAUGCUGUACAUGUUCUUGUUGAUAACAAUGGGCAAGGUCUAGGACAGGCAUUGGUUCAAUUUAAGAAUGAAGAUGAUGCACGUAAGUCUGAACGCUUACACCGUAAAAAACUUAAUGGGAGAGAAGCCUUUGUCCAUGUAGUUACCCUAGAAGACAUGAGAGAGAUUGAAAAAAAUCCCCCUGCCCAAGGAAAAAAGGGAUUAAAGAUACCUGGGCCAGGUAAUCCUCCAGUUCCAGGAAUGCCUGGUGCAGGAAUGCCCAGUGCAGGAGUGCCCGGUGCAGGAGUGCCUGGUGCUGGAGUGCCCGGUGCAGGAGUGCCCGGUGCAGGAAUGCCAGGUGCAGGAAUGCCUGGUGCAGGAAUGCCUGGUGUAGGAAUGCCUGGUGCAGGAGGUGAAGAGCAUGCUUUCCUGACUGUAGGAGCAAAGGAAGCCAACAAUGGGCCUCCAUUUAACUUUCCUGGUAAUUUCGGUGGUUCGAAUGCCUUUGGGCCACCACUUCCUCCUCCAGGAUUAGGAGGGGCUUUUGGUGAUGGUAGGCCUGGUAUGCCUUCAGUCGGAAACAGUGGUUUGCCUGGUCUAGGACUUGAUGUUCCAGGUUUUGGAAGUGGACCAAAUAAUUUAAGUGGGCCAUCAGGAUUUGGAGGGGGCCCUCAGAAUUUUGGAAAUGGCCCUGGUAGUUUAGGUGGCCCCCCUAAUUUUGGAAGUGGCCCUCCUGGUCUUGGAAAUGCCCCUGGACAUUUGAGUGGGCCGCCAGCCUUUGGGCCUGGGCCUGGGCCUGGGCCCGGCCCAAUCCAUAUUGGAGGUCCCCCUGGCUUCGGAUCUAGUUCUGGAAAACCAGGGCCAACAGUCAUUAAAGUGCAGAACAUGCCCUUCACUGUAUCUAUUGAUGAGAUUUUAGAUUUCUUUUAUGGCUAUCAAGUAAUCCCAGGCUCAGUGUGUUUAAAAUACAAUGAAAAAGGUAUGCCCACAGGUGAAGCCAUGGUGGCCUUUGAGUCUCGGGAUGAAGCCACAGCUGCUGUCAUUGAUUUAAAUGACAGGCCUAUAGGGUCAAGGAAAGUAAAACUUAUAUUAGGAUAGCUGUUCACAUCAGUUCUUUGUAGGGUAGCUCUUCAUAGUGCUGUGAUUAAUGCAUCAAGAUUGUUUUCUUAGUAUUUCCAGGUUAGAACCUGUGGAUUGUUUAAAUUGCAAAUAGAUUGGUUUUUCCAUAACAUAUAGCAUUGGUUGACUGUUUUCCAGAAGAUUCAUUACCAGGAUAAACUUGCUGUAUGUUAUAGUAGAGCUGUUUGGAGAGAACAUAAAAAUGAUUUUGGAAUACCAUUUGUAAAACUCAAAUGACCACAUAAAGCUUAUCAAGGAGUCUAGAUUGGUUUUGUUUUAUACCAUGUUGGAUAAAGAAAAUAGAAAUGUCAGUAGAGCUCAUUAAAGGUGCUCUUGCCAGCCACUGAAAAAAUUGAUGUUGGCUGCUCUUGCAAUUUGGUUUAAAGCUGGACAGAUAUGCUUUGUUAUAGGGUCAAAGCUUUGUCUAAAGUCCUGGUUUUCUUUUAAAAUUAAAUAAAAUCUCUGUAUACAGA